AUGUUGUCUCUUCUCUCUUCUCCUUUUUCUCUCCUCUUUCCUCUAUUUCUCAUCCCUUGUUUUUUCAUUACAAGCAAUAUAUGCUUCCCUCUUCCUGUGCUAAAGAUCCUCAGAUUCAUCAAACCCCCAGCUUGUCAGGACGAUGAUCACAACGAGAAACGUGACGAGGGAAUCUAUGUGGUCGGAGAGGAGGAGCAACCUACAGGGCUUCGGAGAGAGCUGAUGCCGAGGCACGUGGCGGUGAUAAUGGACGGAAACCGGAGAUGGGCCAAACAGGCCGGAUUGAUGACUGCACAAGGCCAUGAGGCCGGAGCUAAACGGCUUAUAGAGUUCACUGAGCUCUGUUUUAAACUAGGGAUUCAUACUGUCUCAGCUUUUGCUUUCUCCACAGAGAAUUGGGGAAGACACAAGAUUGAGGUUAAGGGCUUAAUGUCUUUGAUCCAACACUACCUCAGCUCCAAGAUCCAAUAUUUCCAAAGAGAGGAAACUCGCGUUUCUGUGAUCGGGAAUCUAACGAAGAUCCCAGAAUCUCUUCUCCAAACAAUCCACGAGAUAGAGGAAGCAACGAAAAGCUACAAGAAUAGGCAUCUCAUCUUGGCAAUAGAUUACAGCGGGAGAUUCGACAUGGUACGCGCUUGCAAGAGUAUCGUGAAGAAAUCAGAAAAAGGGUUGAUCCGAGAGGAAGAUGUAGACGAGGCAUUGAUCGAUAGAGAGCUUCUGACGAAUUGUACCGAGUUCCCAAGCCCUGAUCUAAUGAUUAGGACUAGUGGAGAACAGAGGAUUAGUAACUUCUUCUUGUGGCAACUCGCUUAUACCGAGCUCUUCUUCUCGCCAGUCCUCUGGCCAGAUUUCAACAAGGAUUCGCUUCUAGAGGCCCUUACAUCGUAUCAGCGCAGGGAAAGACGUUUUGGUUGCAGGGUUUGAUCCACAUUUGAUUCUCAUGUUCUGUUCAUCAAGGCUUUUCUGUCAAGUUACUUGACCUAGUUUCAGAGAUGGUUGCAUUGUUGUGACUUUU